AGAGAGGAGAAACACACAGUUUUACUUGCAUGCAAGGGCAGUCACAGAGCACUCGCACUUGGAGUGAGGGCUCCGAGACUCGCACUCUGCCACUGCCCUGGUCUUUAUUUAUACACAAGAAGAGUAAUACAACAGUGAAUACGUUUGUUCAGUGGAAUGUUGAUGUGUGAGCAUGUGCGAAUAUGUGUGUGUGUGUGUGUGUGUGCAUGCGUGUGUGCGUGUGCCAGGAGAGGCUCCUCUACCUGGUACAAAGUGAAACUGCUUAUUAAGCUCUUAUCUAGCAGGUACUGCUCCUUCCCUGCAUGAUAACAGGUCACAGUGAACGAAAACAGUCUGAGUUAUAAAGAGGUCAUCAUGCAGUAUUCUAUCAUAUGCAAACUUAUAUCAUUAAAAGCUUAUACUGACUACUAAGUACAAUUUUCUAUUGACACACACAAUUAAAGACAAUUUUUAGGUGGAGCUCCAAGGUGACUAGUGGUAUUUUUAGUACAUGACUGACUCACAUGAUCCCUGUGGGUGAUAUUUGACACUGCUGACCCCAGUCACUUUAAUCUCCAGUUUGACUGCCAGAUCAAAUUGUCUCAAGCUGCAUUUAUGUAAUAAACAUGUAGAAGAAGGGGUUAUAAAAAUGAACAAUUUUCAUUUAUAUGUUGAUUAUACUUUUUAAGUUAAGCAGAAGAAGUUUUUAUAUUACAAAAAAAUAUUUAUAUCUAUUUUUAUUUUACAUUUUUUAACUUCAAAAUGAGUCAGUUUGACUCACAACAUAUCAGGCAGGUUAACUGAAAAUGCAUAGUUUCGGUCAGCACAAUGCUGUUUAAGUGAGCAAAUGACAAUUUCCAUCUGCAGAUAAGCAUAAUUCGCAGAGGAGCAUAAUUUCCAGAGGAUAAGCAUAAUUUAAAAAAUUGAUUAUUCACCACUUACUCAAGCAAAAGCAACAAGACCAACCUGUCUGACUUUUUCUUGGAAAUUGAAUGCAACGGUGACAGGGUGGGGCUCUGGAUGGAGCAGAGCGUAGUCCUUAAGUAUUUAAAUACAAUGAUACCAUGAAAGAGGUGCAGUUAACAAUGGGUCUCCAUCAGUUUGUGUGCUGUUCAACUGUGAUGACCAUUCUCUUAUGCAGAGGUUGUCACUUACAGCAGUCUGCCUGUGGCAGAGCUGCAUCUGGUCAAGAUGCAAGACCAGGAAGUUGGCCCUGGCAUGCCAUGGUAGUAACCUUUGGACCUUAUGGAUAUAAUCAGUGUGGAGGUUCCCUAAUCACCAACCAGUGGGUUCUGACAGCUGCUCACUGCAUACCACCUUCAAGUUACAACACUGUGGUUCAUCUGGGACGCUACAACCAGUCAGGUUCAAAUCCAAAUGAGCUGACUCAGAAAGUGGAAGACAUAGUCUGCCAUUCUCAACGUCCCGAUUACUACUACUACUACUACUGGCCAUACAAUAAUGACAUUUGUCUUCUGAAGCUGGCGUCUCCUGUGAAUUUCACAGACUACAUUCAGCCGAUAUGCUUAGCCUCAGGAAACAGCACUUUCUACAAUGGGACCAGCAGCUGGGUCACUGGUUUUGGUUAUGAUAUUUAUUAUCAAUUUCCCAACAUCCUGCAAGAAGUUAAUGUACCAAUAUUGGGAAACAAUGAGUGCAGAUGCAACUUGGGUGACUACAGCUACUGGCCUCCCCACAUUACAGAGAACUUUACCUGCACUGGUCCCAGAUUUGGAUGGAAGGGUCCAUGUCAUGGAGAUCGAGGAGAACCACUCAUGAUGAAGGCAGGAUCAGUCUGGGUCCAGAUUGGAAUUACUAGUUAUAGUGCUUGUUGGGGACCUUCAAUCUACACUCGUGUAUCCCAAUACCAGAAAUGGAUCAGUGACACUGUCACAGGGACACCACCUGGUUUUGUUACCUUCACCUCUUCAGGCUCAGACAGCGACUCAAACUUCACCUGCCCAACAUCACCACCUAUAACCAUCCCCGCACCUUUUAACACCACUGCCCCCACCCCGUUUAACACUACUAACCCCACCCGCUUUAACACCACUGUCCCUACCCCUUUUAACACCACUGCCCCCACCCCAUUUAACACUACUAACCCCACCCGCUUUAACACCACUGCCCCCACCCCGUUUAACACUACUAACCCAACCCGCUUUAACACCACUGUCCCUACCCCUUUUAACACCACUGCCCCCACCCCGUUUAACACUACUAACCCCACCCGCUUUAACACCACUGCCCCCACCCCUUUUAACACAACUGUCCUUACCUCUUUUAACACCAAUGCCUCCACCCCGUUUAACAACACUGCCCCCACCCCAUUUAACAAUACUAAACCCACCCUUCUCAAUACUACUGUUUUUGUCAUUCCAACCACACACACAUCUGUGCAACCCACCUCCAUUUCCACCUCCACCUCCAGCAUCUAG